UCUGAUUGGCUGGGCGGGCGGGUGGUCCGGCGAAUCCGCGCGUGGGAGGGCAGAUUUUAUUUUGAUGCAGUCUCCGUGCACCACGUGCUUUCUCUGGCUGUAGGAGCUGCUCUGUGGCCGAAACGCUGAAACACCUGAGGAGGUUUGAGGACGGAGAGAGAGAACCAUGUCGCAGGUGUUGCCUUAUGAGGAGAACAUAAGUCGGUACGGAAACGAUGGGGACCAGGAGCAGAUGUCCCUCACCUGCCGCCUGCACAACACCAACAACUUCUUCAGCUCCACGAAGAAUAAAAGACCUCCAAAGCUUGGACAGAUCGGACGCAGCAAACGAGUCGUCCUAGAAGACGACCAAAUUGACGAAGUGCUCCAGAACACGACGGAAAAGUCGCAGUCGGAAGUCUAAAACCAAAAAACGGACAGACGGACGUUUUUUUUUCCCCGUGAUGUUUGGGGAAACGCUCAGCUCCGCGCGAAGCAGCACUUCUGCCGCACUUCUCCGAUAAGGGUUGAAUUUCGCAGCAUGCGCACGAGGAGAGGAGCACAGGCCGCAGCCUCGCACCCUCACAGCACUCAUGUCUGACCUACUGAUUCCUCUCGAGGGCAUGUUUUUGAUCACUUUUUCCAUUUUGUAUUUUUUUUUUGGUCUGAUCUCACUAUUUGUUUUGUUGAUCCUCAGUGGUAAAGCUUUCGCAUCGAUGUUAAUGAUGAGCACAAAUCACAGACGAAUGCUUACUGUUGUGUUUUACAAUGAUGUUUUUCCUCUCCUCCUUCUUCCUCUCUCUCUAUCUCUCUUUCACUCUCUCACUCACUGACUUGGAAUUAUUUUUUUUUUUUUUCGUUCUGCACCCAACACGUUUGUGCACAAUGGAACUGUGAAAUUCUUCAAUGUUUUUUUUUUUUUUAUUCUCAAAGAAAUCGUUAAUUUAUUAUACUUUUGCAGCAUCAGCAUUUUUUUAUUACUUGAUCUUUUUUUUUUUUUUUUUUUUUUUUGUAAUUGAAAGUUUUUCGAUGUUGCUAAUCGUAAUUUCGUUGAACAGAGAAAAGAAAAAAAAAAGCUACCUUUUUGUACGGAGAUGCAGUUUGUACAAAGCGGCUUAUUUGUAGCUGUAAUUCCAGCACUUUUUGACGUGGUCGCUACGCUCUUUGCUGUACAGGAUGUUCACGAUCACGAAUUUGUGCCAAAUUUUACGAAGAAAAAAAAAAAACGAAGCCUGCCAGUCGAGCCGUACCGCUGUGUUCUGCGUACUGUGAAAUCCCGCUUUCGUUUUUGUUUAGUUUUUUUUUUUUAUUCUAUUUUGCAUGCGACAGUCUAAAGUGCCUCGCUGUGUGGCAGUGAAGCUGGUGUACUUGCAGUAAUUUUUUGGAAUGACCCACCUCAAAAUCUUCUGAAUAUUAUGUAUGGUAAACGUUGCACUUUUUACCGUUUAACAGGGCUAACGUCGAAAAAGUAUGACCAUCCAAAUGUGAAUAUAUAUAUAUAUAUAUUCAAUAAAAUCUUUACAAACGGUCAAA